GCCUCGACCGUCUCUCCGCGCCAUUUUCAAACUGCUCUAACGCUGGAGCCGGUGGCCCUAGCGGAAGGAGCCAGCGAGGGAGACGAGUGCAAAAGGAGAUGCGGCCGCAGGUGGAGGACGCGGAGGCCGGAGCUGAGGAACUUUAACUUUUAGAAGUGAAUAAAACUGGUUUUGGAAGACAAGAUGACUACAACUGCAGAAAGAAAGUAUAUUAAUAUUAGAAAAAGAUUGGAUCAGUUGGGAUACCACCAGACUCUGACAUUGGAGUGUUUACCAUUGGUGGAAAAACUUUUCAGUGACUUAGUUCAUACAACAGAAAGCCUUCGACAAUCAAAAUUAUCUACUGUGAAAGCUGAAAAGGAAAGUGCCAAUUUUGAUUUUGUAUUGGAACCCUAUAAACUUGAAAAUGCAAGAUUGAGUAGGGAAAAUAAUGAAUUAUACCUGGAAUUAAUGAAACAGAGAGAGUACUCAGACCAACACAUUAAAGAGUUGAAAACUACUUUGAAAAAGUGUGCACGUGAAACCGCUGAUCUGAAAUUUCUAAAUAACCAAUAUGUUCAUAAACUCAGACUUUUGGAGAAAGAAAGCAAAGCUAAGAAUGAAAAAAUUCAGCAACUUCAAGAAAAGAAUUUGCAUGCUGUAGUACAAACUCCGGGUGGCAAGAAAAGAAGCAUUGCUUUCAGGCGCCAGCGUAUGCAAAUAGAUGAACCUGUUCCUCCUUCUGAAGUUAGUGGUUAUCCAGUUCCACAGCCAGAUGACCCUUACAUUGCAGACCUCCUGGAAGUGGCUGAUAAUAGGAUUCAAGAGCUUCAGCAGGAAGUCCACCAUCUACAAGAAAAGUUAGCAAUGAUGGAAAAUGGCAUAAAAGAUUACAGCAAGCAGAUUGAGCUAAGAGAACGAGAAAUAGAAAGACUGUCGGGUACUUUGGAUGGUGGUCGCUCCCCUGAUGUCCUGUCUCUGGAGAAUAGAAAUAAAACCAAUGAAAAGCUUAUUGCUCAUUUAAAUAUUCAGGUUGACUUUCUUCAGCAAGCUAAUAAAGACCUGGAGAAGCAUAUUCAAGAGCUUAUGAAAACCAAGGAAACAGUGACGACUGAAGUUGUUAAUUUAAGUAACAAAAAUGAAAAACUCUGCCAAGAAUUAACUGAAAUAGACCAGUUAGCACAGCAGUUGGAAAGACAUAAAGAAGAAGUACUUGAGACUGCUGAUAAAGAACUUGGGGAAGCAAAGAAAGAGAUUAAAAGAAACCUCUCUGAAAUGCGGAAUCUUGAGGAAACAAUGGCAAAACUUCAACUGGAAUUAAGUUUAUGCCAUAAAGAAAAGGAGAGACUAAAUGAUGAACUUCUUCUGAAAUCAGACCUAGAAACUGUUGUACAUCAGCUUGAACAAGAAAAGCAAAGACUUAGCAAAAAAAUGGAAGGUUUUGCAGCUAUAGAAAAAGAACUUACUUUGGAAGUUGAAAGGAUGAGGCUAGAACAUGGAAUAAAACGUCGAGACAGGUCACCUUCUCGUUUAGAUACAUUUCUGAAAGGUAUAGAAGAAGAACGAGAUUAUUAUAAGAAAGAACUAGAAAGACUCCAACAUAUAAUACAACGAAGAUCUUGCUCUACAAAUCAUUUCGCACGUGAAAAACAUUCAAUAUUUAAAACACUAGAAAAGGGUGAUUAUAAUUCAGAUAUUCAUCUGAUUGCAAGAGAAAGAGAUGAACUUCAGCGUAUGCUAGAAAGAUUUGAAAGAUAUAUGGAAGAUAUACAGUCCAAUGUUAAAUUAUUGACAGCAGAAAGAGAUAAACUAAGUGUCUUAUAUAAUAAAGCUCAAGAAGAAUUAUCUGCACUAAAACAGGAAUCCACUCAAAGCAUAGGGCCAAAUAAUCUCCUUAGUCUUAUGGAAAAGGAAAAAGAACUUGCAUUAUCUGACUUAAGAAGAAUUAUGGAAGAAAAGGAAGCUUUAAAAGAAAAAUUAAAAAAUAUCCAGGACAUGAAUGUUUUUGGCAAAACAGAAUUAGAGAAAACUAUUGAACAUUUGACAUGUGUUAAUCAUCAGCUUGAAAGUGAAAAAUGUGAAUUACAAUCGAAAGUGUUCCUAAUGAAAGAAAAAAUAGAGUCAUUAGAGAACAAAUCAAAAUUUCAAGCUCAACAAAUAAGCCAAAUUGGCCAUGUACCUGGUGACUCAUCUCAUCAGAAAACAGAGAUGAAUUCCCUUAGGAUAGUAAAUGACCAGCUACAGCGGUCACUUGAUGAGUAUCAGCGCCGACUUUCCUUAAAAAGAGGUGAACUUGAAUCAGCCCAAGAACAAAUUAAAAUACUGGAGGGAAAAAUAAAUGAACUAAACCUUAAGAUGACUUCACAGAAUGAGGCAGCUCAUGUAAUGAAAAAGACCAUUGGUGUUAUUGAUAAAGAAAAAGACUUUCUUCAGGAGACUGUAGACGAGAAGACAGAAAAGCUUGCAGACUUGCAAGAAAACCUAGAAAAUAAAGAGAAAGCUAUUGCUCAGAUGAAGAAAACUAUCUCAGAGUAUGAAUUAUCCAAGAACCAGCUAAAGGAAGCAUUGACUAAUCGAGAAAGGGAGAUAAGCAGCCUUCGACGCCAGGUUGAUGCAUAUCACAAAGAACUUGACGAAGUGGGAAGAGCUAGAGAAAUAGCUUUUAAGGAAAACAGACGAUUGCAAGAUGAUCUGAGUACAAUGGCAAGAGAAAACCAAGCAAUCUCAUUGGAAUUGGAAGCAGCAAUGCAAGAAAAGGAAGAAAUGAAGAGUAGAGUGCAUAAUUAUAUAACUGAGGUGUCACGAUGUGAGAGUUUAAUGGCUGCUAAGGAACAAGAAAAUCAAGAUUUGUUAGAUAGAUUUCAGAUGCUUCAUAGCCGUGCUGAAGACUGGGAAGUCAAAGCCCAUCAAGCAGAAGGAGAAAGCAGCUCAGUUCGACUAGAACUUCUCUCCAUUGAUACAGAAAGGAGACACCUUCGAGAAAGAGUCGAGCUACUAGAAAAAGAAAUUCAGGAGCACGUAAAUGCACAUCAUGCUUAUGAAUCUCAAAUCUCAUCAAUGGCAAAAGCCAUGUCUAGAUUAGAAGACGAGCUGAGACAUCAAGAAAAUGAGAAAGCAGCAGUAUUAAGUGACUUGUCUUCUCUUAGGGAACUUUGCAUUAAACUUGAUUCAGGCAAAGAUGUUAUGACCCAACAAUUGAAUUCCAAAAGCCUUGACUUGGAGAGGGCUGUGGUAGAAUUAGAAAAUAUGAAGUCAGAAUCAGAGCUGUUAAAAAAACAACUGUCAAGUGAGAGACACACGAUUAAAAACCUUGAAUCAUUGUUGGCUACAAAUAGAGAUAAAGAAUUUCAUACUCAUUUAACCUCCCACGAGAAGGAUACAGAAAUUCAGCUACUUAAGGAGAAGUUAACCCUUUCAGAAAGCAAAGUAACUAGUCAAAGCCGGGAAAAUGCCAUGCUCCGAUCUAAAGUGACACAAUUACAAACAGAUUAUGAUACUAUGAAAAGGCAGAUUUCAACUGAAAGAUAUGAACGAGAACGAGCAGUCCAAGAGAUGCGUCGACAUGGUCUUCCUACACCACCCCUUAGUUCUACUCUGAAGUCUCCUUUACAGUCUCCUGAACAUAUAAGUGUAUAGUUAUUAGAAAAAUCAUGCCUUGGUCUUCCUGGUGACUGGCCCCUAUUCAGAAGCUACAGUCAUCUCAUUACCAUAGAGAAGACACUACUAUCGCUCUGGAGAUUUUAAGGAGCCAUCUGCCAAAAAGCAGGGAUAGAGACCAAAUAUGUGUUUCUUCUUAUGUCACACUGUCACUUAUGCUGAGAAAAUGUAAAAUUCAGAAAAGAUGAAUAAGGAAAUCAAAAUCACUAUUUUAAAGUAUAGAAUAGCACUUUUUAAUUUGAAGAAGUAGAACAGUACUUUAUGUAUAAUCUGGAUUUGGGGCAUAAGGUUUUAUUUGGAGACUAUAUUUUUAAAACAUAAUUGAAUUUCAGUUUUUUAUGGAUACAUUGAAUAAACUUGUUUAUUAUAUAUCUCUUAACCCACCUUCUCUCCUACUCUUUUCAGAAUAAUGAUUUUCCAUGUGUUUCUUUAUGGAUAUUUAAAAGAACACAACAGUAAUGAAAUAUUUGAAGUACUUGUUCCUGAAAAUCAUGAGCAUUGACACAAAUUCUACCUCUGGCAACUUUUAUUUAAAUCACUGAAUAUUUAUGUAAAAAGUUUGGUUGAAAAGAACUCUAUGUAUAUUUUCAUAUGUAUGACAAAACAAAAUAUGUAUUAAUAGUGCUUAACUGAUGUGAUAUGUAUAUUUUUAUUAUUCCUGACUUAAAUUACUCCUUAAAAUGUGUUUGUACUGUGAAUUAAUAUAAUGUAUUGUGCACAUUAUGCUUUAAUAAUCUAUUUCUAAAUGAGCCAUGAUAUAUGUGUGUAAAUAUUUUACAGUACUUAUUUUAAAAGUGUUUUUAGUUUUCAUGCCUCUGUUUAUAACCAAUACCUUAAUCUACUCACAAAGAAUUAUCAUUUUGAUUCUGUGCUGUCAAGCUUUUUCCUUCUGAAUGUAAAAUUAAUUAUUCACAGAUUUGCUGUCAUCAAGGGGAAUAUAUUCAAGUCUAGUCUUAAUAUCAGAGGUCUUGAUAAAAUAAUUACCAUGUGUCAUUAAUUAUUGCCAACCAGAAGAAUUGUGAUGGGAAAUAUAAAUUUGUAUAUUAUAUACAAUAUUUAAUUAUUUUGAUUGUCACAUGGGCUCUUCAUAUAAUGUAGAUUCUAUCAAAAUCAAGCUAAAAGCUAUAUUCAGAAUUUUGUAAAACAAUAGAACAGAAAUUUGGAACUUUUUUCCAGUGUAUAAAAUUCCUUGGUAUGUUAGCCUAAAAUUUCAGAAUAUAAAAGUAAGUGCAGUAAAAUAUUUUGUUAAACUUCCAAUAUGUAUUCAAUGAUAUUAAUUUUUGUUUCCAAUCUUGAUGUUGUAACUUACCAGUCUUCCAGAAUAGUACAUAAACACGACCCUUUGGCAUAGAAAUUGAAACAGCUUUUUACAAUUCAUUUUCAAGGUUGUAAUUUAAAGGAAUUUAGGUAUAUGCAUAUGUUAAUUAAAAAAAUACAAAAUAGAAUGUCAGAUACAAAAAUGAAUCGUGUUUAAACUGUACACAUCUGAAUAAAAUCCUGUUCUAGCAGAUUUCAUUAUGAUUGAAAAAGAACAUAAAAACUAAUGAAAGGAAAAUGAAAAAUCAUUUACUUAUGAUGUAUUUUGUUUCCUUGCUGGUUUAAUGAAGUGGAGUUCACAUGUGUACUGGAGGUUGGCAGUGCGCUUUUUCUGUAACCUGUGUGCUGUGUGUGUUCAGGGUGUGCCCUUUGCAGUACUUUAGUGUUUUUUGGGCAUAAGGUGGCCUACUUUCACACAGUCUUUGUAAUUUUAUGUAGCCUAUCUCCUUUGCAUCCAUGUAUUAUAGCAAAAUACAAGGGAAGUGUGACUAUUUUCAAUGUCAUGGAAAAUCUUUUAAUAAAUAUAUGUAAAUAAAAUGAAAAACAUUGUCCCCACCUUUUCCCCCAAAGCAGUAGCAUGACAUAUUUUGUUAGAUAUUUCAUUUUUAGUUUUCUAUAAUUUAAAAUUGUAUAGCUUGCCAUAAAAUUGUUUUCAUAACCAUGAUUCUACAAUUUAUUUUAAAAAUUUGUUUUAUCUUAAAAUACUAAAUGUUCUGACAUUUUACAGAUAUUUUAAAUUUUGUUUUAAAUAAUUUUAAAUUAUGGAGCUUGACAGAUUUACCAAUAAACAUUCCAGUUGAUUUAU